GGAACCGGAAGUGGAGAGGGGCGCCUAGGAGCGGUAGGAGCGGCGGGAGUGGGGGGCGCGGCGGAGGCAGGGCGGAGCCGGGCCGGACCGGACCGGACCGACCCCAGCGGUGACAGAAUCAUUCACAAAUGCCUGGAAAUUCCUCGUUGGAUUCUCGUGUUUUAAACAGAGUUUUGUGAGCAUCUUUCAUCUUUACUUGGAAAAGAAAGAUGUGGAAAGCCUCGGCCGGCCACACCGUGUCCAUCACCCAGGACGACGCGGGAGCUGACGACUGGGAAACCGACCCCGAUUUCGUGAAUGACGUAAGUGAAAAAGAGCAGCGAUGGGGGGCCAAAACCGUCCAGGGGUCUGGGCACCAGGAACACAUCAACAUACACAAGCUGAGAGAGAAUGUGUUUCAAGAACACCAGACCCUCAAGGAGAAGGAGCUCGAAACGGGACCCAAAGCCUCGCACGGCUACGGAGGGAAGUUUGGUGUGGAGCAGGACAGGAUGGACAAAUCAGCUGUCGGCCAUGAGUAUCAGUCGAAGCUUUCCAAGCACUGCUCGCAGGUCGACUCCGUCCGGGGGUUUGGAGGCAAGUUUGGUGUCCAGGUGGACAGAGUUGAUCAGUCUGCUGUGGGCUUUGAGUACCAGGGGAAAACUGAGAAACACGCCUCGCAGAAAGACUACUCGAGCGGUUUCGGUGGCAAGUACGGUGUGCAGUCUGACCGCGUGGACAAGAGCGCGGUGGGCUUCGACUACCAGAGCAAGACGGAGAAGCACGAGUCGCAGAGAGAUUACUCCAAAGGUUUUGGUGGCAAGUAUGGUAUCGACAAGGACAAGGUGGAUAAGAGCGCGGUCGGCUUUGAGUAUCAAGGCAAAACCGAGAAGCACGAGUCCCAGAAAGACUACGUGAAAGGCUUUGGAGGGAAGUUCGGUGUGCAGACAGACAGACAGGACAAGUGUGCCCUUGGCUGGGAUCACCAGGAGAAGCUGCAUCUGCACGAAUCCCAAAAAGACUACUCCAGAGGCUUCGGUGGGAAAUACGGGGUGCAGAAGGACCGGAUGGAUAAGAACGCUUCCACCUUUGAGGACGUUGCCACGGUGGCCUCCACUUAUCAGAAGACUGUCCCUGUCGAAGCAGUGAGCAGCAAAACCAGUAACAUCCGAGCUAACUUUGAAAACCUGGCGAAGGAGAAGGAACACGAGGACGGGCGGAAGGCAGAGGCGGAGCGGGCGCAGAGGACGGCGAAGGCGCGGGCGGCGGCACGGAGGCAGCUGGACGAGCAAGCCCGGGCCCAGAAGCCCGCGCCCCCCGCCUCGCCCACGCCCCAGCCGGCCCAGGAGAGGCCGCCUUCGAGCCCCGUCUGCGAGGCCGCGGCUCCGCUCCAGGCCGAGCCGAGCUACACCGGUGAGCCUGAGCCGGUGUACAGCACGGAGGCCACCGAGUACCAGGAGACCUAUGCCCCGGAGGCCGGCUACGAAAGCACGGAGGCGCCGGGCCACUACCAAGCAGAGGAGGGGACCUACGGUGAAUAUGAGAACGACCUUGGAAUCACAGCCAUCGCCCUCUACGACUACCAGGCUGCGGGCGAUGAUGAGAUCUCCUUCGACCCCGACGACAUCAUCACCAACAUCGAGAUGAUUGACGAUGGCUGGUGGCGCGGGCUGUGCAAGGGCAGGUAUGGGCUCUUCCCCGCCAACUACGUGGAGCUGCGGCAGUAGGUAGUUGGCCGUGCCCUCCCCGCAGCUGGCCACGCCUUCGCUGUAGCUGGCCACGCCCUUGCCGUCUGUGGCCACGCCUGCCUUCUGGUGUUUUCUUCAGGGUGCCGAGGGGAGUAUGCAUACUGCUUUUAUGUUUAAUACUUUUGCUGAUGCUUUUGAAAAUGUUUACGCCACAGAACUUGCUAAUAUAUUGUAAUCAUGCUCCUUG